AUUUAGUAAAUGCAGAGAGGGAGAGCAUAUAUAGUGAAUGAAGGGUUCUGGGAGACCAGAUAUAGUGAAUGCAGGGUCCGGGGAGACCAGAUAUAGUGAAUGCAGGGUCCAGGGAGACCGGAUAUAGUGAAUGCAGGGGUCCUGGGAGACCAGAUAUAGUGAAUGCAGGGUCCUGGGAGACCAGAUAUAGUGAAUGCAGGGUCCAGGGAGACCGGAUAUAGUGAAUGCAGGGUCCUGGGAGACCAGAUAUAGUGAAUGCAGGGUCCAGGGAGACCGGAUAUAGUGAAUGCAGGGUCCGAGGAGACCA